GUAGAGGUAUAAAAGUUGCUGAUCUGUAGUUCAGCUUCAACUUGAGGAGGAGGAACUGUUCAACUGAAAAGUUACAACCUCCACGGCUGCAUUCUUACACAUUUGUUGAAAAGAGAACGUGUAAAAGGUGUGCAUUCUGGUACCCUGCAGUCAAAAUGAAGAACCCUGUUCUCCUCUCUGCAGCCCUGCUGCUGCUGUUUUUUGUUGGGACAUCAGCUCAGGGUAACACUAACUUCAGAGUGCAGGUGAAUGUGCCACCCAGUGACAUUAAGACCUACAACACUUCUACUGCUUAUAGAGGAAGCCUCUUCGGUGGACUGACGAGACUGAAAUACUCAAACCAAGGCUUCAACUUUCAGUACAUACCAUAUGACGACUAUGGACCAUUCCUUCAGAGUGUAAAUGGUUUGGCAGGAAAUUCAUCAUACUACUGGCAACUGCUGAGUGGUAAAACCCCACUUAAUGUUGGUAUGGGAUGUUACCUUCCAACAGCAAAUGAAGUCGUCACCCUGAAAUACACGAAAAUUUAAGACCAUCUAAAGUCUUAUUGUUACUUAUGGUCAACCAAUACACUUUGAUCUUUGGCAAGUUGAGGUGAAUAAUUGACUUGUUGUGUCAUUUUUUUGCUUGGGAGUCUUUUAAUCAUAAAUCAGUAGCCUAUCACUGUCUUAGAUUCUUUUACUGGGUUUCUGUCAGACUUUAUGAAUUAAGAUUACAGCGUUAAUCUACAAUUCUGCCACAGUGUAGUAAUCUGAAGUAAGAGAAAACUCCAUCAGUCACAAGAGCAAUCAGUAAAACAUAUACAACACUUCCGUAUUAGUCAACUGAAGUUCUUGAAUUGUUUUUUAAUUUACUGCCUUUAUGGCAACUUUUAUUGUGUUUGAGAGUAAUUAAUAGUUUCUCAACUUGCCCCUGAGUGUCAUAAUUUUACAUUCAAAUUUCAUUUUUUGAGAGCUACAAGUGCUCUCAGUUUUACUCUAAAAAGAUGGUGUGGUUAUACAGUAGACUGCCCAGAGACUGCUGGCCAGCAAAAACAGCAAGGUGGGUCAGCUGCUGACUCCAUGUCAAAAUAGCUUCUUUAUCCUGCAAAUCAAGUUAUCAACAGCUUGCGAGUCAAAAGGCUUCUGAGAUUGACUGGGCUGCUGACCUCCACCUGGACACCAGCAGGUCUCAAGAUCAGCUGUGAAAUUAAAGCUAUUUUUAUACUUUUGGGGCUCCUAGAGGGGUGUGAGAGGGGCAAAAUAAGAUCAAAUUCAUUGUUGAAUCAUUUUUGUAUUAGUGCAUUUUUAUUGUUUAUUAAAAUGUUACUGAUUAUUAGUGUUAUCUUUUGCAGGCAUUAAAUAAAGCAUGUAACUUGUAG